UGUGCCAAACCACGUCCAUAGUUCCGUUUUACGUCUUGCCGGAGCCGGUAGUCCUUCGCUGUUCGGCUGUUCGGCCACAAAUCACCGAGUAUUAUUGUUGUUGUUGUUUUUAUCGUCGUUUUCUCCGUCGACUGUGUAUAUUCCGAGUGAAUUCGAAUUCGCAAAAAAAUAAGACAUUUGUGUGAAAAAUAAUUUGAAAAAAUCGCCGCUCAAAAACUUUACCGUUUUUCUUACGAUUCCGAUCUGUGUUAUUUAAAUAACGCGAAUAUAAUCGUAAUCAAUAAUAUAUAAUAUAUAAUUAUAUAUACAGGUAUAUAUAGUACUUAAAUUUUUUUUCUCUAAUAUUUUUUAUUGGUUGAUCAAAAUGUGUUGUUAUAAUUUCGUGAAUCGGUACGACGGUGGCGUGAGUGUCGACUGAUAUCGGACGGUAGUGACGCCGAUACACAUUUUGUUUCGUGUUAAUUUUUUCUCCGCCCGCUUCCCCGAUCGCGCUUAAGCGCGAUAAACGAUAUCGAUCAAUCACGUCGUACCACACCGCCAAGCUGGACGCUUCGUUCGCGAUCCCGAUGCGACACAGGAACGGGCUGAUCGCUGGCGCCGGUAAACGGCUCGCCAAGCGGUCCAUCAUCGGGACGCGCGUUUGCGCGCCGUCCGGCGAUGACGGCAAGCUGUGCGCUGGCAUCAUCGCCGCGGUCAAGACGGCCGCCGACGGUUCCGAGACCGGGUAUUCAAUACGGUUCGACGACGGGACAGGCGGCCGGCGCGAGUACCGGGCCACCGAGCUGGUCGGCCCCGGUUUCCAGACGCUGUCCGACCUCCGACUGAUGGCCGGUCAGCGGGUGUACAUCACGUUCAACGGUCGCGAGAUAUGCGGCGACGUGGUCGUCCACAGACCGGACACUGAAGAAGUGCGAGUUUCAAUCAUGCCGCACGGGCACGAGGGGUCCAUCGAAGUAAUAAAGAAAUUGGAUGACGUCCGCGUGUUGGAGUCUAGAAAAUCGGCACGGUUAAUGGACCAGGAUACAGAUUUCGCUAGGUUGGCAGACAUGUCAGACAGGAAACGUAGUUCGUCCUCUCAGAACGCUGUAGAAAUCAGCGGGUCCCGAAAACGUCGGCCCAGCAGUAGCCAAGAUCAGGACGAAUCCCGCGAAGAGGAAAUGAAAGAUGAAGACGACGAUAAUGAACCAAAAGAGGAAGAAAUGACAGAGUGCACCGCGGCCUUGGUGUUGAUGAGUCUCUCAUGCAGUCCCCACUCGCCGUCCAUCCAAGGACGCAUCACGCGCUGCCAACAACCCGAGUCGCUGUCCACCAGCCCGUCCACGUCCAGCGAAGGAGCUUUUUCGUGUCGCAGCUCGCCGUCACCGCCGUUGAGCGAGUCCAGCUCCUCGGCCGCCUGGAGCGGACGCGGCCUGCCGUCGGUCGUCGACGAAGGCAUCGGUCUGACCGACGACGAUUUCGAAGACGUGCCCAAGCGAAAGAAGUCGGAUUGCCGCACAGUUUUUCAAUGCACUUGGCCCGGAUGCGUUAUGAUCACGACCACUGUGGCUUCCAUCGAAUUACACGUCCGCCAGAAUCACCUUGGACCGAGACUUGACAAAUCUCCGUCAGACGAUUUCACGAACGACUCAAUUGACGAUCACGAAGAGGAAUUUUAUUAUACGGAAGUGGAACUCGGCGCGGCUUCAUCGCCACCUACGCUCUCGCACCGGGAUAUGGCCCGUCCGCCGCACGAAGGUAAAGGAUGCGCGCCCAAUAAGAUGAUCAUUAUUUAUCCUGAAUACCAAAAGACAUUGAUCAUACCUCGUCCGGGCAGCGCUUGUCCGAUGAACAUACCCAGCACGUCUGGAAACACCAAUGUCAACUGGCCGUUCGCAUCACUUAACGGACAGAAACAGAUCAAAAUGAUGUAUCAGAAUUUGGGUGGACCAAGGUUCCCGAGUAGCCCUAUGAGAAAAGCGCGCGGUGAAACGAAAAAGUGUCGAAAGGUAUACGGCAUGGAACACCGAGAGAAGUGGUGCACGCAAUGCAAAUGGAAGAAAGCGUGCACCAGAUUUGUCGGGUCCCUCGAAAACGCACAAUUGGCGUAAUAAAAACGACUCACUGGGUACCGCCGAUGCCGACAAUCUGCACCAAUUUACGCUAACUGCCAAAAUUAAAAUGUUUUUCCUUUUAUUAUUAUUAUUAUUAUGUUUUUUUUUAUAUUAUUAUUAUAUUUUUAUCAAACGCUAAGACACACUAGCGUUUAUUACUUUUAUUAUUUUUUUUUCUAUAUCAACUUUCGUCGAGGUUUGUACCCCGGUUUUAUGUACAAACAAAUGUCUAUUUAAUAUUUAGUAAAAUAAGUUAUAUAAAUAUACCUAGGUGUAUAAUAAUCAUAAUAAUAAUAAUAAUAAUUGUUCUACCAAGUUCAUUUGUAAGUCAUACAAACAUAUAAAUACAUACAUUAAGGUAUCAAAUACCUACGACGUAAUACUUAAAAACUUGUAACGUUUCAGUACUUGGGAAAAAGUUCCUAGGAAAAGUACUUUAUUCAUUCAUAAGUCCAUUGUUGCAUUGAUAUGCAUUUGACUGUUAUGAAAAUGAUAAUUUUUAUUUAUCUACCAGACAAAAAAGCCAUAUUUAUAAAUUUAAAAAAAGACAAAGUAUUAGUUUUUAAUAAAUGAAAAACAAAAAGAUAAUGUCCUAAGAAAAAGCAAUAAUUUGUAAUAAUAAAAUAAUAAAUUAUAUUUAUAGAUAUGGUUAGACUUAAUGUUUUUUACGUUUUAAAUGCGCACAGAAUAAUUUUUAUAUUUAUUUUCAAAUGACAAAAAAAAUUUCGAGAACAAGCAUUUUAUUUUACUUAGACUUUUGCUUCUCAAACUACGUUGUUUCCCAAAUGUAAUUGCAUUAUUUUAUUUGGUUGUAUUACUUUGAUUUAUUUAUUGUUUAUAUGAUAUUAUGUUAUAUUAUUUUAAGUAGUUACCAAUUGCUCUAUGAGUUCGUAUUUACUAUUAUUAUUUUAUUGUAUUUGAUUUAUUUAUUUAUUUAUUUUUUAAGAAAUAUAUUAAACGCAUGUGACAGUUUUUUGACUAUUGAUAAAAAAUCUAAUUCAAACAAAUUAUUAAAUUUGACUUUUAAUAUAAAUAAAAAACUAAAUAUACACAUUCAUUUUAAUGUAUAUAACUUGCUUAAACCUAUCAUUCAAACGUAAUAUUAUGGUAAAAAUACCAAAAGAUUAAAGUAGUUAUGUCACAUGCUGUUGUAUAUAAUUAUAUUCAUUAUUAUUAUAUAAAUGCUCUCUAAGACAAUCUCCUGUCCCAAAUCAACAUAUCUUUCUAAAGAAAUAUAAUUUUUUCCAAGUUAGCUUCUUAAUUAUAAGGCUCAAAUUGUUCUGGAAAUAAAAAUAUGUAAAAAAGUAAAAAAAAGAUAAAUAAGUCUUAAUGUGAAUUAAGAAUUUAAUAAUUCAGAUGUGUUCAAACUAAAAUUGAUAGACUUCAUUUUUUUUUAUUGUAUAAUUUUGUUUUUUGUUUUUUUUUUUUUUGAUCUCUAUAACAUUUUUAUUAAGGGGAGCAUAAUUUGGAUUCAAAUCUUUUACAAAAGCCAAAGUUUAAGAGAAAUUUAAUUUGUGAUCGAUCUCAUUAUGAAGUAUAUAAAAGUAAUUUUAGGUGGGGUGCUUAAAUAAUAAGUAUCGCGUUGAACAUUAUUAAUUUAGACAAGAGUGAAUGUUGAUUUGAACAUUCAUCUCUAAAACAAAUAUUAAUAAACUUGAUAAGCAAUUAAACUAUGAGUGUCCUUGGAUCGAUCUGGAUAAACUCGUAAUAAU